AUGCAGAAUCUGACUGAAUUUCCAGGCAAUGCAACUUCCCACAAUAGCCUGGCUGUGAUCAUCAAGGUGUGUGUGGUUAUCCCCUUCUUCUGUGUCUUCCUCUGCUGUAUUGCUGUCAUGCUGCACAUCUUUGCAUCUCACAGGCAGUACCUGGACACCACACGCUACAUCCUGUUUGCCUACAUGCUGAUCAAUGACACUCUCCAGCUCUUGUCCUCUGUGCUGCUCUUUCUUUUUGUCAUGGGCCAGGUGAAAUUUGCCAUUGUCUUCUGUGUUCCUCUGCUGUUCAUUUCCACUGCCGCUUUCCAGAACACACCUUUAAUCCUGGCCACCAUGUCACUGGAGCGGUAUGUUGCCAUUUUCUAUCCCCUGCAGCGCCCGGUCGCCUGGCGCUCAGACCGUAUCUGGAUCAUUAUUCUGUCCCUUUGGCUCAUCAGCUGUAUUUCCUCUAUGAUUAACUACUCCGUCGGGGAAAGUGACCCUGCUGUGGAUAUUCUCUCUACCCCUUUCCUUUGCAAAACUACCGUUAUCAACUCAUCUCCAAUCCAGGCACUGUUCCGAGCCACUGUAAAUAUUCUCUUCUUUGCAGUGGUGGCUGUUGUCAUCCUCUUUACAUAUGUGAGAAUCCUGCUGGAAACCAGGAAGCUGAGGCAGGAUAAAGUGUCUGUGAGCAAAGCCAUGCACACUGUGCUACUACACAGCUUUCAGCUGCUGCUGUGCAUGUUGGCCUUCACUGUCCCCAUAACUGAAAGUCUCAUAGUGCUGCAUGCCAACUGGUUAAAAGAGGACAUCGCCUUUUUUAAUUAUUUCUGUUUCAUUCUUACUCCACGCUUUCUCAGCCCGCUCAUCUACGGCUUUAGAGAUCAGAGUCUCAGGGGCUGCAUCAGGAGAACAUUUCUCUGCUGCUCAGACAAAGUCAAACCCGUUGUGAGAUGCAAGCUGCAGGACAUCUUGUCUGCUUCUUAA